AGAACUAUGAUCGUUCUAUGUGAACUUGAUCUGCUCUCCAAAAGACGGGAAAAAAAAAUCCUCAUCUCCUUCUAUAAAGGAGAAAGCUUCUUUUGAAACUUUCACAGUUCACUUCCGCCUAUCUGAUCUUCCUUGCUAGAGUACCUUAACUGUAGAGAGAGAUGGCCGCAAAAAUGGAUGCAAAUUUGUACACAGCUGCAGUUGCUGCAGACAUCAGCAGCCUUUCGGUAAUGGAAUCGGACCUUCUCCAGCAAGUAAGCCCUCAGAAGAAUACAAUUGUUCACAUUGCAGCAGGCUUAGGACAUUACGAGGUCAUAGAGCAGGUCUCCCAACGAUGUCCAUCUCUUCUCUACAAUCCGAAUUCUCACGAUGACACUCCCCUCCAUGUCGCUGCAAGAGGUGGGCAAGUAAGAAUUGUCAAGUUCCUCACCAAUAAAUAUUGCCAUUUUUCCAAAGACUUGGAAAAGUUAGAUGCAGAAUUUGAUGAUGCAGAGCCCAAGCUGAGACUAAGAAAUAUAGAGGGAAACACUCCCUUGCAUGAGGCCAUGCAAAGCAUUAGUACUCUCAAAAGGAAAAGGAAAGAGGCUACAGUAUAUGGGUAUGAAGAGGUCGCCAAGACUUUGGUUAAGGCUGAUUCGGGACUCUCAUAUUUGCGGAACAAAGAAGGGAGUUCACCGGCUUAUUUGGCGGCCGAAGUGGGUCUUCUGCAACUUCUUGAGUUCAUGUUGAAUUUACUACAUGAACGUUCAGACGUAAAACAAUGGGAAGGAGGGAAGACGCCUCUCCAUUCUGCCAUUUUCAAAAGUAAUCUAGCCAAAAAAAAAGAGAUCAUGCAAUUAGUAUUGAAGCUCAAGCCAGAGCUAAUCAAAGUAGGAGAUUCAAAAGGGACGACUCCUUUUCACUAUGUCGCCUUCAAGGGGGAUGUGGAUGGGGCUUGUGAGUUGCUGAAAAUGGAUACUUCAGUUGUCUACCAAAGUGAUACGCAUGGCUACUUCCCAAUCCACAUAGCAGCUCGUAUGGGGCAUGUUGACAUUAUUAAACUUUUCAUUGAACAUUGUCCUGGUUCUUGGGAGUUGCGCACUGUAAAAGAAAAAGAAAAUGCUCUUCAUGUUGCAGUUAGAAGUGGAAAUGAAAAUGUGAUUAGGUACAUUCUCAAAACCCGGAAGCUUGAGAAGCUACUCAAUGAGAAGGACGAAGAGGGAAACACACCUUUGCAUUUGGCAACAGUGGAUUGGCUUUAUAAAUUUGUUAAUAUUCUCGCAAAUGAUGGCAGAGUUGACUUAAGCCUCACAAACAAUGCCAAAUUGACAGCUCUUGACAUUGCUGAGACCAAGGCAUGCAAGGAAGUGUCAACAUUCAAAAAGGCCACAACAAUGAUUGCCUUGCACAAUGUUGAUGCACCAAGGGCUUUGAACCACCGACACAUCAUGGAAGUAUCCGAGCAAAGUAAAAGUGAUUUUCAGUGGCGCCCAGAAGAAUAUUACAAUAACUUCAUUGAUACUCUUUUGGUGGUAUCAUCUCUUGUUCUGACCAUAACUUUCGCAGCUGGUUUCACGAUGCCCGGUGGCUUCAGUAGCGAUAGCAUAGAUAAAGGCAUGUCAGUAUUUCUUAGAAAGAGCUUGUUCCAAGUUUUUGUUAUCUUUGAUACUAUAGCGAUGUAUCUUUCUGUCAUCGUUGUUAUAUCUCUCAUCUGGGCAAGAACAGGAACUGUCAGGCUUGCGAAUACUGCCACCAAUAUUUCCUUGGUUUUCUUGGGUAUAUCACUUACAAUGAUGUCCGCAGCAUUCACAGCCGGCAUAUGUUUGGUAACUAGUGGUCUUAGUUGGCUAUCCAAUUUGGUUGUGGUCUUGAGCUUUAUCUUCCUCGCAUUUAUGGGAGCCCUAUUUCUUGCAUCAAUAAUACCAAUUUGGUCCAGGUUUGGUCUCAAUAUGAUGAUGUACAAUUAUAAUCUCCGUAAAUGGUUGUCUCCAAAAACAGGUGGUGGUAAAUGUUCUCUCUUUGGCCUCCGAAAGACUUAUUUGAGCAGAGAUGGUAGCUGAUGAACUAAUCAUUGUCUAUGUAUUUUCUAGAAUUCCAAUCUCUCUCAUGUCAUCUGAGUGGCUAAUGUGGUUGUAGAUAUGUCACCGAAGCUUGUUUACUUCUACUUCUGUCAUGUGUUGUUAUCCUCUCAAGAAGAGUUUCCCUAAAGUGGUUGAGAGUAAAGAGAGUUCUUAUUAUGAAGCUUAUGUUAUUGGGAAUUGUUCUCUC